GCCACAGGACAUCAACAACUCACACGUGGCCUAGAACGUGCUAGCAACACCUGCUUCAGGUGCUUCGCGACCCAGAGCACCCUAGUCUAAUCUAAAUAGUCAUCUUCACGUGUCCACAGCUGAGCCAGCAUGCCUCCGAAGAAACCCACACAGGCCGCGGGGACCAAAAAAACCCAAGAGAAGAAGAAGGAGAAAAUUAUUGAGGACAAAACGUUCGGCCUGAAGAACAAGAAGGGCGCCAAGCAGCAGAAGUUCAUCAAGAACGUCACUCAGCAAGUGAAGUAUGGACAGCAGAGCGCCCGACAGGUCGAGAAUGAGAAGGGCGGCAAGAAGGCAGACAAGAAGAAGGAGCUGGAUGAACUCAAUGAGCUCUUUAAACCCGUCGUCGCUGCGCAGAAAGUUAGCAAAGGAGUUGAUCCAAAGUCGGUGCUGUGUGCGUUCUUCAAGCAGGGCCAGUGCACCAAAGGUGACAAGUGCAAAUUCAGCCACGACCUGUCCAUGGAGAGGAAGUGUGAGAAGAGGAGCGUCUACGUGGACGAGCGGGACGAAGACCUGGAGAAAGACACCAUGGAGAACUGGGACCAGAAGAAGCUGCAGGAGGUGGUCGACAAAAAACACGGGGAGGCAGAGAAGAAGAAAGCAAAAACUCAGAUCGUGUGCAAGUACUUCCUGGAUGCCAUUGAGAACAACAAAUACGGCUGGUUCUGGGUGUGUCCCGCCAACGGUGACACCUGUAUGUACCGACAUGCCCUGCCGCCCGGCUUUGUGCUGAAAAAAGACAAGAAGAAGGAGGAGAAAGAGGAGGAGAUCUCACUGGAGGAGCUGAUCGAGAAUGAGCGAGCGGCUCUGGGCCCAAACGUCACCCGGAUCACACUGGAGUCUUUCCUGGCUUGGAAAAAGAGGAAGAGGCAGGAGAAGGUGGACAAAGCCAGGGAGGAGAUGGAGAAGAAGAAGGCGGACUUCAAGGCUGGGAAAUCCCUGGUGGUGAGUGGGCGUGAGGUGUUCGAGUUCCACCCAGAGCUGGUUGAUGAUGAUGACGAUGAAGCCGACGACACUCGAUAUGCCAAUGAAGAGUCGUCAGAGGAGGAAGAGGAGAUUGAAGCUGCUAACGUCCAGGACAUAGACCUAUCCCGGUUUGUUCCCCAAGAGGUGGACCACACGGGUAUCACUGUGGCAUCCACAGACCGCUUCUCCAGAGACCACAGGGGGGGCACAGACGCCAGCGGCCAGGAGCUGAUGAACGGAGCGUGUGGCGGGGCGGAGGCCAACGGGCUCCCAGGCGCACAGGAGGGAGGGGAGGACGGAGGGGGGGAGGAGGACGUGCCGGUGGAUGAAAACCUGUUUACAGGAGAAGAUCUGGAGGAGCUGGAUGAGGAGCUGAACACACUGGAGCUGGAAGACUGAAGCUCGGCGCCGCAGACGCUCCAAAGAUUCUCGGACUUCGGUUCCCGCCCCCCCGAACUCAUUCAUGAAAACUUUUUGCUUCAUCACUGGAUGUUCUUCCUCAGUCUGAUCCGUCAGACCCCACAGUGAUUUGCAGAGUCAGCCUCAGCAACAAACUGCUCCCAAAUGGACCUGCAGCCGGUUCUGCCCCGGACCGACCCACUGCAAGGGACUGGGGUUCUGCAACCGUCAGAUCUGCAGCUUUUGCCUGAUCUUAAGACCUGAUUCAGCUCCAAAGUAGGAAUCUGAGCGGGGUUGUGUUUUCCCAACACUGAAGUUUGAUUGAUCCGGGUUCUUCAGUGUUUUUUUUUGCAUCCGGCUGAAGACGAGGAGGAAAAACCCAAAACACUUCAAAUAAAAUGUUUUACAAUGAAGCAGCAAUAAAGAGAAAAGACCGGC